AAUCUUAUUCUUGUGGUUGUGGUAAUACGAUAAGAAUUUUAUGUUUGAUAACGAUGUACAAUAUAUGAGGCUGUGAUAACAUGUAUUUUUUACUACUAAAAUAGGGAAUAUACUUCUAUUAACACGAAGAUAGCCUAGAGGUUACAGCUAAUAACAUAUCUACCAAAUAAGCAGAAACAAUGGCAAAGAACUUGCCAAGGACAAUGAAGGCUAUAGGACUGUAUAAAUAUUUACCUAUUUCUGAUCCAAAUAGUCUUUUGGAUAUUGAAAUAGGCUUACCAAAGUUGCAAAAGAAUGAUGUUUUAAUAGAAGUGAAGGCAAUAUCAGUUAACCCCAUUGAUACAAAACAACGGGCACCAAAACCUGUUAUUGAAACUACACCACGUAUUUUGGGAUGGGAUGGUGCUGGCACAGUGAUUAAAAAUGGAGAAAAAUCCAAUAUUUUUAAUGUAGGAGAUGAAGUAAUAUUUACUGGUGAUUUAAGAAGAAGUGGUUGCAAUGCCCAGUAUGUAGCGCUUAAUGAAUUCUUGGUAGGACCUAAGCCUAAAAAUCUCACAUUUGAACAAUCUGCUGCCAUGCCAUUAACUGCUGUUACUGCAUAUGAAUCCCUCUUUGAAAGAUUGCUUCUAUCCAACAAGGAUGCUGGAAAAUCUAUAUUAGUAAUAAAUAGUGCAGGUGGUGUUGGCUCAGUGGCUACUCAAAUAGCUAGCAAUCUAGGUCUUAAAGUUAUUGGAACUGCUUCAAGAAAAGAGACCAUUGAUUUUUCUCUUUCGCAUGGUGCUAACAUAGUUCUUAACCACAAAAACGAUCUAUUUCCACAACUUGCAGAUAAUGGCUAUGAAAAUGGAGUUGAUUAUAUCUUAGUAAAUUAUGAUCCAUAUCCAUAUUGGGACACAAUAAUGCAAGUUAUUAAACCACAGGGAAAAAUUUGUUUGAUAGUAGACAGUAGUGGUUUGGUGGACUUAAAACCAUUGAAGGACAAAAGUGUCACCUUAGCAUCAGAAUCAAUGUUGACUAAAAUAAAAUACAACACUGAGGACUUAUUCAAACACCAUGAGAUGUUGAAGGAAAUUUCAAAGAUGUUAGACAAUGGCCAAUUAAAAACAACACUCAAUAAAAUUUUAACACCCAUUAAUGCUGUUAAUUUGAAAGAGGCUCAUAAAAUAUUAGAGGAAAAGACAUCUAUUGGAAAAAUUGUUCUUACUGGGUUUUAAAUAAAUCAAUAUCUGAUUGUUUUACAUUAUAUUUUGUUCUGCUAUUGAUACAUUAAAAUUUAGAUCAUGAUUACAACAA